AAUUGAUACAGAUGGAACUUUAUCAAAAAAAGGAAUACUAUUUUUUUCCUUUACUGUGCGAAGCGGUGGAACGGGACAGAUAGUGGCAAAGUUGGAAAUGGAAAACACCCAAUGGGAUGGUCGAUUCUCUGUACUCAGCGAUCAACCAAUUCAUUUUCAAACAGACAGUAUUGUGCGCCCAAAAAGGUAUUUAUUCCGUAGCCCACGCUAUUUUCGGAUUAUGAGUGUACACUUUUUUUUGGCAAUAACCAAAAAAGCGCUAUUUUUAUUAGAAUGAAAGUGGAUUAACGGAUAGACGUGUGGUGCGUGCGUGCGUGCGUGCCGUGCCGUGCUGUGCCAUGCGAGCAAAUGAGAGCAAGUGCGCAAAAAAAAUAUAUAGAUAUAGACAAAUAAAAAC